GUUAUAUCAACAGUAUGAUUCAUGUCCAAUGUUGCCGAAUAUCGGUAAAGGAUUCUCAAUUUUUUAAAUCCUGGAAAGCUCAAAUGAACAGAACGAUUGUGGCUACACAUCUGCACACAGCAAUAAUUCCAUCCACCGCAUUUCAUUCCAGUGGGAGAGAAAAUCCACGCCUUGGUUUACGCCGCGCCCUUAUCGCUCUCCAACCUAAAGCAAAGACAGUACAGUGUGAAGACAGGUAGAAACUGCUUCUCCAAUAGAAAUCCCCCAUCACGCUUGUAGGCGAUAUCAUGGCGAUGUUGGCAGGUUGGCGCAUGCGCAAAAACACGCAAAGCAAAGGCACUUCUUCAAUAUAAAGUCAUUUAUUACGAAAAUUAAAACGGGACAGUUUGUCACUUUCACGAAGUUGGAGUGACAACACGUUCAACUACUUAAGACAUUGGCUCGAAUAUAGGUUGUACCUUUUAGAUUUUGAGAAAGUUAACUAAGGAAGAAUUCUUCACGUCUCUCAUUGACUUCUCAACACUGGUCUGUUCCCGGAAGUAUCGCGAUGUUGCGCCUCUGGGUUUAGAAACUCUGUGCUAAAAGCAUCUAACACUACGGAACCAGGGAAGAAAAAGAAGAGAGGAGAGAAAGGGAAGCGAACGCGCAAAUACAUGCAUACAAUGAUAGCAGAAAUUGGUGCCGCCGACAAUCCCAAGGCCAGCUCCAACUAUCCCCAUCCCCAAGCAGCUGUGAUCUGCCCGGACUCACCGGUUUCAUCCGCACCGGACUACGGCGUCGGACAGCUGUUCAUACGUAGCGCCUCGUCCAGGAGGGACACACAGACGUCCGCGGGGAGUAUCAACCCAGACGAGAGCUCCAUCAAGCAGCUGGUAUCCGGAGUAUCCUCCGCUAUUACAGACACCUAUAUCAUGACCUCUGAGGAAUUCAUGCAGACCGCUCCCCUGUUCGGCCAGAGGUCCAAGAGAAACGUUCUCUACAAGAUCCUGUGUUUUCUCAUUCUGAUAUUCCAAGGAGGCAUUCUAGAUUUCUACCUCAUUAUCUUCACUGAUCUGUACUGGUGCUCGUGGAUCGCCACCGACCUGGUGGUGAUUUCUGGCUGGGGGAUCUUCUUCAUGAAGAACGCCAGGAGCAAGAGAGAGCGGGCGUGUGGGUUCCACCAAAAGAGCUCUAUAUUCGGCUGUAACCUCGGCGAGUUUACCUACGCCUACCUGGCCUGGUUAAUCUACGUGAUCGCCUGCACCCCUAAAAUGGUCCUCAUUCUAGAGACUUCGAUAUUAGAUCUCAUCGCGCUCAAAGUUCCAUUCGGUGUAACUGGAUUUAAGAUUAUCAUGUUGCUCUCGGUCCCGUUACUCUACUGUCUCAUCAAUUCUAUCACCGAGGACCAGAACGGAGCUACGCGCCACCGGUCCCAGAGCUGCUUCAUGACCACCUGUCUGGACCUCGUAGACAGCUUUACCCUGGUGGAGUUGUUUCUGAGGAACGAAAUACCGACGGUCUAUUUAAAAUACACGGUCAUCUCGGUGUAUUUCAUCGCCCUGGGCGUCCCGGUGGUGUGGUUAUACGAGUUGACAGCCUCUGAGAUGCGGUGUCGCUGGGUCUGGGCUAGGUUCCUGGUCGGUGUGCUGGUCAACGCUCCUCUUCUGGUGGUCCGGUGCUUCCAGGUGUAUGUUCACAAGAUGCCCGUCCCAGUGUUCAUGUUGAAGAAUAUGUUCUUCCUGGUCUGUAAGUGUCUAGAGCUGAUGGAACAGUGCUUCACAGUGCGGGGAGUCAGGAGGUUCGGUGAGGGAAGUAACCCGGCGCAGUUCUCUCACUGUGUCUCGGAGAACGAUAUGUGUCCCCAUGGAUAUGUUAACACCCUGGCCGUUACCACGCAGUCAUAGGCCCGGCUUGGAUCUCACCCUGGCCGUCACUACCUAGACCUAAAACGGCCUGGAUUUUAUUUUAUCUCCCUGGAGGGUGGAAGGCACAUGAGUGAUUGAAGAAUUUUGAGGGCCAGGACAGGGAUACGCCCUAAAACGGCACCCUAUGCCCUAUAUAGUGCACUACUUUUGACCAGUGCUCAUAGGGUUCUGAUCAAAAGGUGUGCACUAUAUAGGGAAUAGGGUGCCAAUGAGGAUGCACCCCCACAGGUGUCAAUCAACGACAGCCUUAUUGACGAUUUUGUCAUUUAUUCAGAUGUCAGAAGAACAUUUGAUUACAACAGGUGCUACAGAAUCAUUAUGCAUCAACUACACCUGCUUAAGACCUGGCCGACCUGGCAGACCUGGCAACCUGGAAGACCUGGCAGACCUGACAACCUGGCAGACCUGACAACCUGGAAGACCUGGCAGACCUGACAACCUGGCAGACCUGGCAACCUGGAAGACCUGGCAGACCUGACAACCUGGCAGACCUGGCAACCUGGAAGACCUGGCAGACCUGACAACCUGGCAGACCUGGCCGACCAGGGCACUGGCCAGACAGAUUCCUCUAAUGCGUUGUCGGGGGUAUGGUUGUGAAGUAGUAGUGGUGGUUGAUUAGUGGGGGUUUGUGAAUUGAAAUCAUUGACUUGUGCUUGUAUUGUUGGGGGGACUUUUAGAAGAGUGAGAAUCGUCUCGUUGAUUUGAUUUGUUUGAACGAGUUUGACAAAAGUGCAAGAAAGAUUGUCGUUUUGAAACUGAAUCUUGGAAAUGGUGUGGAUGUAAAGUCAUGUUUUACAUUGGUCAAUUCUUGUCUCCCAAUCUGUGAACCUUCCAGAUAGCGUUUCCUGAUCAAUGAAUAGAUGGAAACCUUGUGCUCAUUUAGAUGCCUAAUUACUGUGGAAUUGUGAUAUAUACUUAAUGAUUCCAAUGUUUAAUCAUGUCCUCUCAUUUCCUAAACUAUUUG